AUGAGUGAUUAUAUGGAGUAUAAUCUAACAGAGCAAGACGAGAGAGCUGUCUUUCAGUCUCGACCUCAUAGCAACUAUCAGCAGUCAGUAGAGCCCAGUACUGGUCUGAUUCUUUGUCGGCUUGAUUUCAUCUGCUUGUCUAUCUGGCUGGACUUUUUGCUUAGCAAAAUCUGGAUCAUGGACCGUCGGAAAACCCGGUUUAUCGUGUUGCGUAGCGAUGUAUUUGGAUACAUCAACUUUAUGGAAUUUGCUCCUUUCGAUGAUGAGGCUCAAGAUCAGCAGCGGGGCUUGAAGCAAAAUUGUUUCGCUGGGCCGCAUUCAAAAAUCCAUUUCAAACAGCGUUUGUGA